CCAGGCUAGGAUUAGCAUGAAGGGCUGCUAGGCUGGCACUUUAGUGUCUGGGUUAAAAAUAUUUUAAAGCAGUAAAUGCAGUCAGAACAGAGAGAGAGAUCCCUGGGAGCCUUCCUAUUCAAAAAUGUGUAAGCUCAGGGCAGCAACUGCAAUGUAAUUUAGGGCAGUAUAUGCUUCAUAGCUUUGGAGAAUAUUGCCUCUUGUUAAUGUUGCAUUGGAGGACAGUGGGAUAGCAGUAAUUUCAGAAAGGUGGUGUUCCUGUUUGUUUUACAUUGGAAACUUCAGAAUAAAUGAAGGGAAGCAUCAGCUGAGGAAGAAGCGUGACUGCCGAGCGCCAGCAGCGAAUGCAGCCCUGAGCAGGCUGUGGGAACCACGGGGAAAGGGGGCACAGGAACAUUUUCCUGGGAAUGCAGCUGCACAGGGAGCACAGCAGACAAAGGCAGAAUCAGCCUUCCUCUAGCUGAUGACCGGGUUCCUGUUUGAUCCUGUUUACAAGCUUCCCAAGACUGAAAAUAACCCCAGCUCCUCUGCACUGGCACUUGGAAGCAGAAGGAAGCAAAGAGGAGCUGAGAAGUGAAGCUGGGAGACUUGGCAGCUAAUUCAGAGGCACAAUUGUGUGAGCAGCCCCUUGGCAAGAGGACCCAGUGCAGCCUGUGACAGAACUGAGUGGAGAUGAUCCCAAGCUGAGAGUCCCAAAGGAUCUGCUUUGAGUUCACCCAGAGCCCUGCAGGUUCAUCCAGCACCCAGCACAGGAUGUCUUCCAAGCGACCAGCCUCUCCGUAUGGGGAAGCAGAUGGAGAGGUAGCCAUGGUGACAAGCAGACAGAAAGUGGGAGAAGAGGAGAGUGACGGGCUCCCAGCCUUUCACCUUCCCUUGCAUGUGAGUUUUCCCAACAAGCCUCACUCUGAGGAAUUUCAGCCAGUUUCUCUGCUGACGCAGGAGAACUGUGGCCAUAGGACUCCCACUUCCCAGCACAGCACAAUGGAAGUUGAUGGCAAUAAAGUGAUGUCUUCGUUUGCCCCGCACAACUCAUCUACCUCACCGCUGAAGGCAGAAGAAGGCGGGCGCCCGGGCGGGGAGUCGCUGUCCGGCGCGGCGCUGGGCACCCCCGAGCGCCGCAAGGGCAGCCUGGCCGACGUCGUGGACACCCUCAAGCAGAGGAAAAUGGAGGAGCUCAUCAAAAACGAGCCAGAAGAAACUCCCAGUAUUGAAAAGCUACUAUCAAAGGACUGGAAAGACAAGCUUCUUGCCAUGGGAUCAGGGAACUUUGGAGAAAUAAAAGGGACUCCGGAGAGCCUGGCUGAGAAGGAGAGGCAGCUCAUGGGCAUGAUCAACCAGCUGACCAGCCUGAGGGAGCAGCUGCUGGCAGCCCACGACGAGCAGAAGAAGCUGGCGGCGUCUCAGAUCGAGAAGCAGCGGCAGCAGAUGGAGCUGGCCAAGCAGCAGCAGGAGCAGAUUGCAAGACAGCAGCAGCAGCUUCUGCAGCAGCAGCACAAAAUUAACCUUCUUCAGCAGCAGAUCCAGCAGGUCCAGGGUCAGCUGCCUCCAUUGAUGAUCCCCGUGUUCCCUCCAGACCAGCGCACCCUGGCAGCAGCUGCCCAGCAAGGAUUCCUCCUUCCUCCUGGCUUCAGCUACAAGGCGGGAUGCAGUGACCCCUACCCCGUUCAGCUGAUCCCAACUACCAUGGCAGCUGCUGCCGCAGCAACGCCGGGCUUAGGCCCUCUCCAACUGCAGCAGUUGUAUGCUGCCCAGCUCGCUGCCAUGCAGGUGUCUCCAGGAGGAAAGAUCCCUGGCAUUGCCCAGGGGAGCCUUGGUGCUGCCGUGUCCCCCACCAGCAUCCACACAGACAAGAGCACAACCAGCCCUCCUCCCAAGAGCAAGGAUGAAGUGGCCCAGCCUCUGAACCUCUCAGCCAAACCCAAGACAUCUGAUGGCAAAUCUCCUACGUCCCCCACCUCUCCUCACAUGCCAGCUCUGAGAAUAAACAGUGGGGCCAGCUCACUAAAGUCCUCGGUGCCAGCAACACUAGCCAGUCCUUCGGCCAGAGCCAACACAAUAGGUUAUUUAAAUGACCACGACGCUGUCACCAAGGCCAUCCAGGAGGCGCGGCAGAUGAAGGAGCAGCUACGGAGGGAGCAGCAGGUGCUGGAUGGGAAGGUGGCCGUGGUCAACAGCCUGGGUCUCAAUAACUGCAGGACAGAAAAAGACAAAACAACACUGGAGACCCUGACCCAGCAGCUGGCAGUAAAGCAGAGUGAAGAUGGGAAGUUCAGCCACACAAUGAUGGAUUUCAACAUGAGUGGAGAUUCUGAUGGGAGCGCGGGGGUGUCGGAGUCGCGGAUCUACCGGGAGUCGCGCGGGCGCGGCAGCAACGAGCCGCACAUCAAGCGCCCCAUGAACGCCUUCAUGGUGUGGGCCAAGGAUGAGCGCAGGAAGAUCCUGCAGGCCUUCCCCGACAUGCACAACUCCAACAUCAGCAAGAUCCUAGGAUCUCGCUGGAAAGCUAUGACAAACCUAGAGAAGCAGCCAUACUAUGAGGAGCAGGCCCGGCUGAGCAAGCAGCACCUGGAGAAGUACCCAGACUACAAGUACAAGCCGCGGCCCAAGCGCACGUGCCUGGUGGACGGCAAGAAGCUGCGCAUCGGCGAGUACAAGGCCAUCAUGCGCAACCGGCGCCAGGAGAUGAGGCAGUACUUCAACGUCGGGCAACAGGCGCAGCUGCCGCUGGCCACGGCGGGCGUGGUGUACCCGGGAGCCAUCGCCAUGGCGGGCAUGCCCUCGCCACACCUGCCCUCGGAGCACUCGAGCGUGUCCAGCAGCCCCGAGCCCGGCCUGCCCGCGCUGCCCGGCACCUACGGGCCCAAGGGCGACGAGCCGCUCGUCAAGGAGGAGCUGCAGCCCGACGAGGCCAACGGCGACGUCUAUGACGACUACGACGAGGAGGAGGAGGACCCCGAUGCAGACUAUGGCAGUGACAGUGAAAACCACAUGGCGGGCCAGGCCAACUGAUCGGGGCCGCCGCUCGCCCGCGGGACUCCAAGGAGGAAAGGAAACGGAUCAAUCAAUAAAGCCCCGUCUGGUUUAUCCUUGCCAGUGGCCAAGCACAUUAACUUUCUCAUACACUGACUGUUACUUUAACUGUUAGUCUUAACUAGUUGGGACAUCAGCUGACUAAUAGACAUCAGCCUGCAUCAGAGGAAAAAAGGCUCAGAAGAAAGGAAACGAAGACGACGAUGACAACAACAGAAUGAUAUAAGCUAUGGGUAAAAUAAUGCCAGUAAUUCAGCUGCUAUACCCAAGCACUGAAGUCUUACCCGUUGACCUUUUAUUAUUAUUAUUUUUUUUUCAAAUAAACUUUAUGGCUGUUUGUUCUACAAUGUUCUAGAAAUUCUCACUCAGGUACACAGUGCCAACAAGUGGCUUGUGAAUGUGUUUUGUUGUUUUGUGCUACAGUUUAAAGAGAAAUAAUUUUUUUUUUUUUUUUUUUGGUAAUGCACCUGACAGGAAAAAAAAAGAUAAAAUUCCUUUUAACCCCCUCUGUCUCCUCCUCCUCCUCUUCCUCUUCCUCUUCCUCCUCCUCCUCCUCCCUGUCAAAUCUGGGUCAGAAGUGUGUGUGUGUGCGUGCCUGUGCGCGUGGCUGGCAAGGAAGGAAGUGGGGAGUCUUUCUGUUAACCCCAACAAGCAUUUCCUUUCAAGAGAGGACUUCUCUUCAUCAGUUGCACACCAUACUGAGUCUUUGAGCAAGUGCCAAAUUUGUACUAAAGCGCUGAACUAGUCCAAUUUGCUUUUUAUAGGUUGGUCUCUUCUUGUUUUGUUUUUCUUUGGCUUUUCAUUUGCUUCUUGCUCUGUCUGAAGUUAGGACAGGGUUAUAUCUUAGACAAUCCCUUGAAGAACCUGAUAUACCAGCAGCUGGUGAGAUUAGACAUAUAUUUUUGCUUUUGCUUUUGCUUUUGCUUUUUAAAGGAAACUGUAGGUGCUGUUCUCAGGUGAAAAAAAAAAGAGAGAGACAUAAGAAAUUUAGAGAAAAAAUAUUUUAUGGUCUUGGAUUUUCAUGUGUGCGUGUUUAUGGUACUAAUAAGAAUAAUCUUGGACUAUCAUGAGCAAAAAGCAUGUUCCAGAAUUAAGUCCUGCACCCUCCAAGGGACUUGGUCUGUAAGAAACCUUUACUUUUAGUUUGCACUUCAAGUGGCAGCAUAAACAGCAUAAAAGGCUUGUCCAAAAUGGGGUUUGUUCUGCACGGGACACUGGAAAUGUUACCAAGUGCUGAGCAUAAUUAAGCUACCACCACUUGGGCCCAGUUCUGAUGAACUUGUCCCUUCAGGGUGGCUGAGUGCUGAUUUCUGAUUCAAAAGGCAAUUUUUUUUUUCACUGACUUCUUUUUCUCCUGUGCACUGGCAGAAAUUCCUCUUUUACUAUUGGGAUGUUUGUGUGGGAAGGAAGGCUGAUGGCUGUGAGGAGAUUUCCAAAUUGCAGGUGGGGUUACAGGAACUCGGUGCAGUGCUGAGUUUCCCUCACUGCUGCCUCUCACAGCUGAAAUGUCAUUCUCUGUGCUGAACUAUUCCCGUUCUUGUUGUGGAGCACUGCCAUGGCUUGGCAGCUCUGCCCUCCUUGGGCAGCCACAGCGCGAGGAAGGGGCCUGGGAGCUGCUCUGCAAGGCCUUGGCAUCGUGCUGGGGCAAACCCUUCCUCUGAAUUGUUUUUCAGCUGAGGAUGGCAGCUCCGUGCUGCCUCCCAGUAAAUCCCUGUCCCCGAGGGAGCUGCAGUGCUGUUGUUAUCCCCUCUGACCUGUACAGUCAGCCCCACGCCGCUCAGUGCGCUGAGACCCCAGCCCAGGCACCCACAGAACCUGUCAGCACUGCUUGGCAGCCCUGGUUUUGCAGUCAGUCCCUCAGUCAGGCAAAUCCAGCCCUUGGUGCCAGUGCAGGACCAUGAACAGGACAGGUGGGAGGGGGGAUGCCUUUCUUUGCCUCUGCAAUCCCACUUGAAGCGUAACCUGACCUCUGCAGACCUGUGCAAAGCAAAAAGCAAAUGCCAUUGAGCACUUAGGACAAUACUCCCAUGUUUGGGCAUGUGACAGUUGCACCCUGCUACAUCUCUUUUCUUUUUCUCUGUUUUCCCCGUUUUGAUUUCCACCUCUGCUUAGAAAAAAUCUUUUCUGUUUUCUCUCUCUCAGAAGAUUUGCUCUGAAAUUAUGCUUGGAGUAGCUGAUCAUAUCCUCCAUGUCAGAGAGGGUUCUUUUCUGUUUGUAUUUUAUGACUGUGUUGGGGUUUUUUUUUUUCAGUUGAACUGCCUCUUCUUGCUAGUGUUGAAUGGUAAUUAUAAUAAUAAUAAUAAUGGUCAGCUGUUCCCAGAUUAGUAAGUUAUGUAUAAUUUAUUUACACCCCCCCUUUUUUAACUUUAUUUUGUUCUGUUCUAAUUUGGCAGUGCAGCAAAUGAAGCUGUUAGGCUAUUUAAAAUGGAUACCCCUCCCCACCUUACCUUUUUAUAUAUAUAUAAAUAUAUAUAUAUAUACAUAUGAAAACAAAUCGCUUCUUCUUCUGCUCACACCAUUUCUCUUUCUUUUAUUUUAAUUUUGGCCCCAGCCAUGUCAACUUCUGAUGUUUAUUAUGAUGGAGUGGAUUAAUGGGAGUGUUGUUUUCAAUCUUAAUUAACUUCUGCUCUCUCAUCACUCAUUUUAGUUAUUUAAUUACACCAGUCAUCUAGAGCCAAUUUUUUUGAAGCACUCUGUUUGGAUAAGAAGGAAGAAAAAAAAAUAGACAAUUGUUUUUAUAUCAUUACUAUGUACAAUGUGAAAACAGAUAUUUGCUCCUUUUUAUUUUUUUUUUUAACUUUCAAAUUCGUUCCCUGUCUUUGUGAACAAAUGACUCCUGACUCUUGUGGGUUCACCACACAUUUGCUGGAUGCUCGAUUUCCACCACAGCUGAGCUGAGAGACUCUCUGGUUUAACUGUGUCACUGUGGGCCACUUUGUUUUAGCUCCAGGUAGGUGCCAGGGGGGCUUGGAGCAAGCAAGGGCUCGGUGGGAAGGGGUCCCUGGGCUUCAGUGGGACCAAGCUGCAGCCCUGGAUGCCCUGGAGAGGCUGCUGGGGGCACCAGGGGUGGGCAGUGCCAGCUGUGCCCAGCCUGGUGUGCCCAGCCUGGUGUCCCUGGGCUCUGGGGAUGGGCAGUGCCCGCUGUCCCCAGCCUGGUGUCCCCAGCCUGGCGUCCCCAUCCUGGUGUCCCUGGCACAGUGGUGUCACACAAAGCCCUGCCCAGCUGUCCCCCUGCCCCAGCCAGGGCUGGCAAUUCCAUGCCCAUUCCCAUGCCCAGCCUGCCCUUCCCUGGGGCUGUAGCAGACUGUCCCCCUCCUCCACCUUUGGGAUGUUGAAAAUGAUGCAGAAAUGUUAAAAAGUAAAAAAAAAAUCAAGAGGCCAAAAGAUGAAGACAUAAAUUUUUCAGAAAUGGCUCUGGGGUUCCAAACCAGCAAAAUGCUUUUUGUGCCCCUGCUAAUGUUUUUUGAGGUCCAAGGAUGAGCACCCACAUGUCCUUCAGCAGUAGAAGAUCAGAUUUGAAAAUAGGGUACUGUCUGUCCCUCUUGACUUUUCUGGGGGAAAAAACGCUAAAAAAACAAAAAAGCAAAAUAUGCAUUUAUAAAAAUUAUCUUGUCUUCUUUCUUUUUUUUUUUUUUUUUUUUUUUUUUUUCCUGGGCUCUGUUCCCUGGAGCACAUAGAAAAACCAGGUUAGAAGAGAUGAGGAUUUAUUAACCUAGAAGCUCAUGGAGGCCCUGAUGCCAGGGUGGGCUCUGUUCCACUGUUCCCGGGGAGCUGGAGAGGCAGGAGGGGAUCAGGCACCUCCUCCUGGAUGGGGGAAGCCACCGUGCACCUGGGAGCUUGAGAAACAGCAUCUCCAGCAGUGGGGAAAAGGGGAAAAGAAAGGCAAAAACUGAGGCACUUGCUUCUAAGCUCAAUUAAAUAACACAGAGUAUAUCCUUUUUUCCAUUUAUUCAUGCCUUAUAUUAGUAAAAUAGGAUUUUUAAGUGCAUUUAACAUCUUUAUCUAACCGUUCCGCUGUAUUAAUCAGGCCCCCAGAAAAGAACACUAGCUAUUAUUAUAGCAUUUAAUUAGUUUUGUAACCAAAUCCUCUUAUUAUGAAUGCAUAUGGAAGAAAUUCUUUCUUCGAAGACAUUAUUUCAAAGAUUUGGUUACUGCAGCAGACUGCCUUUAAUUAAAUCAUUUUUUAGGAAGUAAAUUGUCUUUAACCUUUUUACAGCACAUUUUCAGAGCUUUUUCUUUUAAUCCAAAGAGAUGAGCUGUUACUGUCCCCGAAGAAGGCUCUGCCCCCGCGCUGGUGGCCCCAGGAGCAGCGGCGCUCCGUGGCUGUGAGCGGGGAUCCGUGUGCUGCCCGAGGCGGCGUGGGGCAGCGUGGGGCACAGGGACCCCUGGGUGACCGCUGCUGGUAGAGCUCCCCUCCACCCUGCAGAGAACUCUGCCUUCCCUCGCUGUAUCCUCAAUCCACAGGGCAUGGGCUGUCUGUUUAGCUCCGUUUAUAUUUACAUUUUUUCGACUUUAUCUUAACUUGUCAGUUUCCCAGAUUGAAGAACGUGUCAAGUUCGUUUUUUCUACUGACUGAUUUCUCUACUCCCCAGUGUUUUUUGUCACUGGUUUGCUGAAACAGUAUUUAUAUAGCUCCAUUGGCUCUAAAGCUCUUACUCCUUCUAACGUUUUGGAUUUUACAAGUGAAAUGAAAAUAGAAAAGAAAUAGAGACAAUCAAAUGCCUGGAGCUUAAAACAAAGUAUGUGCAACCUACCAUCUCACUUGAAAUUUAAUAAAAGAAAUAAUUAUGUAAAUAUAACAUAGAGUUAUAGAUUUAUAUUUUGUUCAUAACACAUAGUGUAAUAUAAGUUGUAUAUUUUCAUGUUUUGGUUUUAUGUUAUCAUUCAUGCCACAAUAAAUGAAAAAAAACAGGAGUUGAUGUACUCUUUAAAAAAAAUACGAUGUGGAUCGCCACCAUCCUGGGUUUUUGGUUUUGGUUUUUGGGUUUUUUGUUUCUUUUGCAUUCCCCUUUUUCAGUAUUACUGCCCUGCAAGGCACCAAUAAAACAGCAAAUGUGUUCUUUA